UUUUUUUAUUUCCUCUGGUAUCCUGGUGUGUGCGAGUGACUGCGUGAUUGGCUGUGGUGAUGACGGGUUCCCUGUGCAGCCUAGCGAUCCUCCACAGAUGGACACACAGCAAGACUAUGAGAUACUGAGAAAUUAAAUACAGGAAAAGGAAGCAAAAUCAAUGCAAUGUGAGGAGGAGAAAGAGAGAGAGGCAAGGAAACUGAACAAGCGAAUGUGAGCGAUGGAGAGAGGGAGGCUGUGUGAGCAUUGACGAGAGAGAGAGAGAGGGGGAGAGAGAGAGGGGGAGAGAGCUGCGCUGCAGUAGCAUCCCACAGCAGACGGCUGAGGACUGCCGGUGUGUGUGUGACUGCACUGCUGAAGAGGAGGAGGAGGAGGAGGAGGCAGAGGGUGAGCACGCUCGCAGACUCUGCAGGGCCAUAGAGGAACACACAGCAGCAGCGGCAGCGCUAGUGUUGGCCGGCACCAGGUAGAAGUCCCAGCACCCUCACCUCGUAGACCACCGCCGUUGGAUCUGGACACGUCAACACUGCCCAGACCCCCGCAACCAACGCCAUGGCACAAGCCGCCAAACAUCUCCGCAAGAACAAGGAUUUAGAAGCCCAGUUAGAGGCGGAGCGCAAAGAGAAGGAGGAUCAGAGGGCCAAAAAGAGGAGUCGCUCGCGGGAUAAAAAACGCAAGGCCCACGCAGUGCAUCGCUGGCUAAUCGAUCAGGACAGUAGUGUGAGCUCUGAGAUGCCGGAUGGCCAAGGAGUAUGGCACUAUGAUGAUGAAGCAGAUGCUGGCAACAGUUUUCUCCGAGCGUCCCGAUCUGGCAACCUGGACAAGGCCCUGGAACAUAUAAAAAAUGGCAUCGAUAUAAAUACAGCCAAUCAGAAUGGGCUAAACGGACUACAUCUGGCCUCGAAAGAAGGCCACGUCAAAAUGGUGCUGGAGUUACUCCACAAUGGGAUCGUGCUGGAGACCACUACAAAGAAAGGGAACACGGCCCUGCACAUUGCAGCCCUGGCAGGGCAGGAGCAGGUGGUCACAGAGCUGGUUAACUACGGGGCCAAUGUCAACGCUCAGUCCCAGAAGGGUUUCACUCCACUCUACAUGGCUGCACAAGAAAACCAUCUAGAGGUUGUGAAGUUUCUUCUGGAGAACGGAGCCAAUCAGAGCAUUCCAACUGAGGAUGGAUUUACUCCUCUCGCCGUGGCUCUUCAGCAGGGACAUGAGAAUGUCGUAGCCCUGCUCAUCAACUAUGGCACCAAAGGGAAAGUCCGCCUUCCUGCGCUGCACAUUGCUGCGCGUAACGAUGAUACACGCACAGCCGCAGUGCUUCUGCAGAAUGACCCCAAUCCUGACGUACUCAGCAAGACUGGAUUCACACCCCUCCACAUUGCUGCACACUAUGAAAACUUGAACGUAGCUCAACUGCUGCUUAAUAGAGGAGCCAAUGUCAACUUCACCCCAAAGAAUGGUAUCACUCCUCUGCACAUUGCAUCCAGACGGGGAAACGUGAUCAUGGUCCGACUCCUGCUGGACAGAGGAGCUCAGAUUGAUGCCAAGACUAAGGAUGAGCUAACUCCUCUGCAUUGUGCAGCCAGAAAUGGUCAUGUCAGGAUUAUAGAGAUACUACUGGAUCAUGGAGCCCCCAUCCAGGCAAAGACCAAGAAUGGCCUGUCUCCAAUCCACAUGGCAGCACAGGGGGACCACAUGGACUGCGUCAAGCAGCUUCUGCAGUACAACGCAGAGAUAGAUGACAUCACACUGGACCACCUUACCCCUCUGCAUGUGGCGGCACACUGCGGCCACCACCGCAUGGCCAAAGUACUGCUGGAUAAAGGGGCCAAACCCAACUCUCGGGCAUUGAAUGGCUUCACUCCUUUGCAUAUUGCGUGUAAAAAGAAUCACAUGCGUGUGAUGGAUCUCCUGCUUAAGCAAUCUGCGUCAUUAGAGGCGGUGACUGAGUCGGGCCUGACCCCCUUACAUGUGGCAUCAUUUAUGGGUCAUCUCAACAUUGUGAAGAUCCUGCUUCAGAAAGGUGCUUCUCCGAGCGCCUCCAACGUGAAAGUGGAGACUCCUCUCCAUAUGGCGUCUCGGGCAGGACACUAUGAGGUGGCAGAGUUUUUACUGCAGAAUUCAGCACCAGUGGAUGCCAAGGCCAAGGAUGACCAAACUCCUCUCCAUUGUGCCGCUCGGAUGGGCCACAAAGAGUUAGUGAAUCUGUUGCUGGAGCAAAAAGCCAACCCCAACUCCACCACCACAGCUGGCCACACACCCCUACACAUUGCUGCCCGGGAAGGUCAUGUACAAACCGUACGCAUCCUACUGGACAUGGAGGCUCAACAGACCAAGAUGACCAAGAAAGGCUUCACUCCGCUCCAUGUGGCCUCAAAGUACGGCAAGGUGGAUGUUGCAGAGCUGUUGUUGGAGAGAGGAGCAAACCCUAAUGCUGCCGGGAAGAAUGGUUUGACUCCGCUGCAUGUUGCUGUACAUCACAAUAACCUGGAUGUUGUUAACUUGCUUGUCAGCAAAGGAGGAUCGCCACAUAGUGCAGCCAGGAAUGGCUACACCGCCCUCCACAUAGCAUCCAAGCAGAACCAGGUGGAGGUGGCUAACAGCCUGUUGCAGUACGGCGCUUCGGCCAAUGCUGAGUCACUGCAGGGAGUUACACCUCUCCACCUGGCCUCGCAGGAAGGAAGGCCCGACAUGGUCUCCCUGCUCAUCUCCAAACAGGCCAAUGUCAACCUUGGAAACAAGAGUGGAUUAACACCCCUGCAUCUGGUGGCGCAGGAAGGACAUGUUGGCAUUGCAGAUAUUCUAGUGAAGCAAGGAGCUUCAGUCUAUGCUGCAACGCGGAUGGGUUACACCCCUCUCCACGUAGCGUGUCACUAUGGCAACAUCAAGAUGGUGAAGUUCCUCCUGCAGCAACAGGCCAACGUCAACAGCAAAACAAGGCUUGGUUACACUCCUCUGCACCAGGCGGCCCAGCAGGGACACACAGACAUUGUGACACUGUUGCUGAAGCAUGGAGCUCAGCCCAACGAAACAACAACAAAUGGUACUUCAGCCUUGGCCAUCGCUAAGAGGUUGGGCUACAUCUCUGUGAUUGACGUCCUAAAGCUCGUCACUGAGGAGACAGUUUCCAUGACGACCACAGAGAAACAUCGCAUGAGUUUCCCAGAAACAGUGGAUGAGAUACUAGACGUCUCUGAGGACGAAGGAAUUGCACAGCUAACUUUAGGAGAGGAGCUCUUGGGGACAGAAGGGGCCAGGUACAUGAAGAUGGAUGACAUGAAAGACCAUGAUGACGAUUUCCUCUCCCCCAAGAAAUCACUGGAGUACGAGAGAGGGCUGGGCACAGCGAAUUACUCACCAGCCAUUCCCAGGAUCCCCCGAGUCUCUCCAGAGACCGUUAUCCUGAAAGAACAUGAGAUGGAUCAGCAACACACUCCACUUCCACUGCCCAAAGAAUAUGAUGAGGACUCACUAAUUCCCAGCAGCCCGGCAACUGAGACGUCAGACAAUGUCAGCCCAGUUGCCAGUCCCAUACACACCGGGUUCCUGGUCAGUUUUAUGGUAGAUGCUCGAGGCGGCUCAAUGCGAGGCAGCAGGCAUAACGGUCUGCGUGUCAUCAUACCUCCGCGAACCUGUGCGGCACCAACCCGCAUCACCUGCCGCCUGGUGAAGCCGCAGAAGCUGACCAGCCCCCCUCCACUGGUGGAGGGAGAGGGGCUGGCCAGCAGGAUCAUCUCCCUGGGUCCAGCCAGUAUGCAGUUUUUGGGACCGGUGAUUGUGGAGAUCCCCCACUUUGCUGCUCUGGGUCGUGGUGACCGGGAGCUUGUGGUGCUGAGGAGUGAGAAUGGCUCAGUCUGGAAAGAACAUCGCAAUCGUUACGGUGACGAGGUGCUAGAAACAAUCCUCAACGGGAUGGACGAGGACUUAGAAAGUCAAGAGGAACUCGGGAAGAAGCGAAUCCGCCGCAUCAUCUCCACCGACUUCCCCCUUUACUUCGCCGUUGUAUCACGAGUCCAGCAAGAGAGCGACCUGAUUGGACCAGAGGGUGGUUCCCUGACAAGUAAACUGGUGCCACUGGUCCAGGCCACGUUUCCUGAGACGGCAGUCACAAAACGAGUCCGCCUGGGGCUGCAGGCUCAGCCAGUUCCAGAUGAGCUGGUUGCAAAGCUGCUGGGUAACCAGGCAAACUUUAGCCCCGUGGUCACUGUGGAGCCUCGGCGGCGCAAGUUCCACCGGCCAAUCGGCCUCUGUAUACCCCUGCCCCCGUCCUGGAAGGAGAGCCCGCGAGACUCUGGGGAGGGCGACACCACCAGUCUGCGCCUGCUUUGCUCUGUCAUAGGUGGCACGGCACCAGCCCAAUGGGAAGACAUUACUGGCACCACCAAGCUUAUGUACGCUAACGACUGUGCCAGUUUCACAACCAAUGUUUCAGCACGAUUCUGGCUUGCAGACUGUCCUCGGACAGCCGAGGCCGUCUCCUUUGCCAACCUGCUCUACAGAGAGCUGUCAGCUGUACCCUACAUGGCCAAGUUUGUGGUGUUUGCAAAGAUGAACGAGCUGCGUGAAGGCCGCCUACGCUGCUACUGCAUGACUGACGAUAAGAUGGAUAAAACCCUGGAACAACAUGAGAACUUUACGGAGGUGGCUCGCAGCAGAGACAUAGAGGUGAUGGAGGGAAUGCCGCUUCACCUGGAGUGUUCAGGGAAUCUGGUGCCUGUGAGGAAGGCCACCCAGCAGCCUCGCUGCUUCAGCUUCCAGGCCUUCAGAGAUAACCGACUUCCCGUCUCUGUCAAGGUGAGAGACAGCAGUAAAGAGCCCACUGGAUUUCUGUCUUUCCUGCGCAAGUCCACCAAAUACGAGGACAGCCAACAUGUGCUCUGUAACCUCAACAUUACCAUGCCUCCAUGUAUCAAGCAGAUUGUUGGGAGUGAAGACAGGAGGCGAACUCUGACUCCGCUGGCUUUAAGAGAAAGAUACAGCGCCCUAAAUGAACCUGCUAUGGCAUCAAUGAGUGCCAUGGAGAGGACAGAGCUGAAGAUGGCUGUGAUUGCAGAGCAGUUGGGAUUGAGCUGGGCUGAGUUGGCGCGCGAGCUUCAGCUCAGCGUGGAUGACAUCAAUAAGAUCCGCGUGGAGAAUCCCAACUCGCUGUUGGAGCAGAGCUCUGCACUGCUUAACCUGUGGGCCACCCGUGAGGGCAAGAGGGCCAAGAUGGAGAGCUUGUACGCAGCUCUGAAGAGUAUCGACCGUAUGGACAUAGUCAACAUGUUGGAGGGCCAGCCACCCCAGCCUGCGAGACAAGGUGCCCGUGAUCUCAAUAGACGCCGACACAAUGAGCGAGAGCACAUCUCGCCUGGUAUGACGAAUGGUUAUGGGCUCGCGCAGGAAGAGCUUCUCUCACCGGCAUCCAUGCAGUACAGCCUGCCCUCCCCGCUGGGUUCUGAGCCUUACUGGCAGGAAGUCUCCAGUCUGGACUGUGCUCCCAUUGCCACCACAGAGGAAGACACCCUCAUGGAGAUGUCUGAUGUGCAGGUGUGGCCCUCAGGCAACAGCCCAUCCCUGGUGCCUGUGGAGGACUCCUCAUUGGAGUGCAGUAAUGCUGACGAUUCAGAAGGUCUGCUGGGGCUGCCAUAUGGAAGUCUGGGUCGGCCGGCCAGUCAGGCCAGCGCAGCCAGCGGAGGGGGUGGGGUGCUGAGUGGCUCCAUUGAGUUACCCGAAGACGAUUCAGAGAUGGGCGUUGACUCGCUCAGCACUGCUACGCCAGCCUCGCUUGGUGGCACCAUCGCUGGCAUCAAUCUUAACGGGCUGAACAAUGGUCAGGGGUCAGAGGCGAGUUCGGAUGCAUCAGCACUCACCAGUACGACUGGUGGAAAUGGAGCUGGAGGAGGAGGAGGAGGUGGAGGAGGGCCGGGCUCAGUGGAAGGGCUUUCUCUUGUUGCAGGACAGCAAAGGGUGUAUGCUCGACUGAGUGAGUCACCUGGUCUGAGCUGUGUUGCAGAUCGGAAUGGAGACAGUGGUGAACUGGAGCCUUUUUUGAACCUUUUUUGCAGAAGAAGUGACACUAAGAGGUCAGGUAAUGGUGGAAACGGAGGUGGUGGAGGCUCUUUCCUUUCCUACCUGCAGGAACAGACAGGCCCGGGAUGGAUCCCUGUCACUGACCCUACACAGGCCUGGGUUGGCAGUCAGCCUAAACCCAGACAGGCCAUGGACACCAUGAUGUCAACAGUAUGUAACGCCGUCGAUGGAGACCAGUCCCACAUGUCCCAGGAGGCCUUGCUUCAGCCUGUGAGGGACAUGGGGCACUCGGAGAUCUUACGAGGGCACUUCAGAGGUACCCAGCCAUUUGAAAAGGGUUUGGGCUUCCCACACAGAGUACCAGAGCUGAGGGCCUGGGAUGACGUGCGCCUGAAGGGCCAGGGCGAUGAGGUUGAAGAUCUUCCUGGGGAGCAUGUAAGCGAGGAACAGUUCACGGAUGAACAUGGAAACAUUGUCACAAAAAAGAUUGUGCGUAAGGUUGUGCGCAGAGGGAAGGGUACAGGUGAGGAGGGGGUUCAGGAGGUGAGCGUGGAGGGUUCUCUGCAGGACGCCAACGAGCUGGAGCUUGAUGCUGAGCAGUUCAUGAGCUACGCCAUCCUGGGCCGGGACAGCAGCAAGCCCGAUACUGUGGAUGUGAAGAAAGGUGCUCAGAUAGUGAAAUGUGCCAGUCUGCGGAGAGUUAAGCAGUGAGGCAGACUGAGUGCUGCGUCCCCGCAGAGUUCUCCGCAGGAUUCAACCCCUUCACCAAAACCAUCCUACAUGGACACAUGACCAGCAGCAGCUGACAGGAGGAAGAACAUACAUAAAAAGGCAGACAGACAGAAAUGAAGGGCAACAGACACCAACGCUAUGACAACCACAGCGGCUCUGCCGACUAUCAGCACGCACCGGAAGAGAAGGAUGCGGAUUUACUUGUAGUUUUUAUUACCUUUUUUUUUUUUUAAAAGAAACCGUGGAAAAAAAAAACAUCUACUACUAGGCUAGAAGCAUGAUUUCGUAUAAAACAAAAACCAAACACAAACAAAAAAAAAUCUAGCAACCAAAACGUGCUUCCUGUUAUCUGUAUCAGCAUGAGUGACUGCUGCCGCAUGGCCUGUCUUUAACUACAAAUACUGAGGGAAUACAAGGGGAGGGUAAAAGGGUGGGGAGGGAUGGGGAGGAGACACUGCUGUGUGGGACAGGCAUGCAAUGUGGGGUAUGGUCAAUCACUGACCCGUUUUCUAAACCAACAGGGGAAAGUGUAUCAGUCAAAAAAAGGGAGACUAAAAUACUGAGAAAUACAUAAUCUCUAGGCAACAGGUUACUCCCCCUCCUUCCUGCCACACUCUUCCAGCUAAGAGCAUCACAAACUAGUUUUAAACCUGUCCCAGUGCUCUCAAAGUCCAGCAAAGCUACAAUUAUCACCCAAGGAUAUCUGUGUUGUACAUAAUAUCGUAUGCACUAAAAAUGCUCUACGUGACUGUGUGUUACGUGUGUUGUUUAUGUUCUGAGGUCCCUAUGCGAUGCCACUGAUGCUGCUGUUUCAGGUACAUAAGAAUUUCCUCCCUGUUUUUUCUCGUUUGGUUCGUUUGGUCUGAACGUAUAUAUUAUUCUAUAUAUCUUGAGAUCUUUGUGGGUACAAGAACAAGCAAAUGUUGUGUCGCUCUGCCUGUUUUAAACGUCAGAUUUUUGUGUGUCAGGUUGUCUGUUUCUUUGUGCUUUUCAUGUGCUUUUCACCCCUUUGCUUUUGACAUGUCAAACAGUAGAGGGAAAACAUACUAUAUGAGUCAUUUACUGUACUGUGGGUUUUUGAGCUUUGGGAGGCAGGUCUCUGCAGUGAACCUGCCUCCCCGACCUUCCCUCAGAGUGGUUUGCCUUGUGGAGAGGAUGACAAUGAGAUAUAUGGUGAGUGAAAGAUUAUCACGAGAGAUUAACCUACUCUACCAUCCCACUCCUCCGCCUUUUCUUGUCCCCCAGUGUGCUGUAUCCUUGUGAGGUUUUGUGUUAAUCAGAUGUCUGUCUGAGCCAAAAUCCCAGUACACCCACAAUCUUGCCCUUAUCGCCCUACCUCCACCCCUCACCCCAUCCAGUCAGCCUCUCAGAGUAGAUGUAGCAGUCCUGCCCACCUCCAGCUGGGGGCAGGAUCCCACCUUCAGCAGUGUCUGAUUGACCUCAUCAUGCAGUAUAUAUAUAUAAUACCACCACACAUAAGGUGCACUUAUACACCAUCUCAACACCACCACUACCACCACAAGAAGAUGUCACUUGAUGAGGGUAAAGUAGCUGAAAUGCUGGUAAUAAUGUAGCACUGGUUUGACUAGGUAAAAGAUGAAGAGUCAGCUGGAGAAAGGAAAAGUGUCGCGCCGAGGGUCGAGGACGUGUUGAGCUUUGAUGUUUGUCUCCUUGGCAAUUCUUUGGAGUGUAGCAAAGACAGUCAGUCACCAAUCACUGUGAUGAGAAACUGUAAUACUGACCCGCAACUGUGAGCCUGACCCUUCCUGAAGCGUGUCUCUUGUUUCACUCCUUUUUCUUUUUGUCUUUCUUCUUUUUUUUAUGAUUUACUGUCUUAACUGUACUUCAGCAGAAGCAAUAAGUGCUUACAAGAAGGAAGGAUUGUUUGUGUGAGUGUGUUUGACUGUGUGUUUGGUUUGAGUGUUGACAGAGAGAGAAAGAGGAUUUUAGGAUCAUAGUUUAUGUUCUUCCUAAGAUCGGGCUUUCAAUCUGGUAAUCACAGCUUUAGGCUACUCCUCACUCCACUCAGAAAUGAUGUCAGUACAUUAUUAUCCAACAUUUCAUCACUUUGUCUUUCUAGAAGAAAAACACACUAAGUUUUACACUAAGAUUGGGCAAAUACUGGUAUGAUUUAAUACCAGCCAUCCCAUCUGCAAAGUGCCCAGUGUCUGUUUUUGUUACUCAUCAGGGAAUGUAGGCAUGUUGAGUCAUAGUUUUUAAACCUUAAUGGCAUUCAUAUGCACCUUGAAAGAAAUCCUAUUUUAUGUGUGUUUGUGUGUGCGCGUGCGUGUGUGUGUGAUUUUAAUUACGUAUUCAGUCCUGGAUAUUAGGAUACUAGGAGUUGUGAUAAUAUCACAGGAAGUAAUACUGCAAACAGACAGAGAGCAGAAGCUCUCAGAUUAUACGUGUAACGCUAACUCACAUAUUUUUUUAAAGUUGAUUUACCUCAAUAAGCGUGCCAUCUCACACGAUAUGAAUUACCUACAUGCAUUUAGUUCAAACAUUUAUGUAAGACAUUGAAUGCUUUGUUAUGGAGAAAAGUCACAAGAAACGUUGCAAUAAUCACCCAACAAUAAGUGUUUGUUUAGUACGGCUUCACAGCCAGAGAUGAUGAAUGUAAGGUCUUGGUAUACUGUAAGUCUUGUUAUAAAGUAGUCAUCUGUGUUGGCUCUGUACUUUAGUAGAUGAUAGGGUAUUCACUCUGUUGUUUCAACUCAAUAUCUGCUGUCCAUCAUCAACAUUCAUUGUAAACAUGCAUACAAAUCAUGUAAGAGGAGAGAUUUAAAGAGAGAGGGUUUUGGACACUUUAACAAAUAUCCCUUCGUCAGAUAUUAUUUCUAUUUUAUUAUCUUUUUUAAUAACCACAAAAAGUUAGAUGUCAAACAAGGUUACACAGCAGUGUAACCGUGUACUUUACCCCUUAUGUUAUAGCAUACGGUUUGCUCUCUAAGGGCUCAUAAUUAUGGUAUGCCUGGGUUGGUUUCUGAAGCAGGGGCCGCUUAUAGAACCACUGCUGAUGUCAAGGUUAGAGCAAAAAGGGGGCAGAGAGGAUGUCUUAUUUAAAAAAAAAAAAAAGACAAUAAGGUAGAUGGAGUUGUGGGGAGGCUUGGUGGCUCCGACGGCUAGUCUUUCAAGAUGACAAGCAUUUUUCCUCAACACAACCUUCCCCUAAUUUCUACUUUCUACCCCCCUUACGAAAAAUAUUAGACUGAGCCGAUUCUAAGGCUUCCACAUGGUUACAGUUUGAACGCGGUUUCAAAGGAGGAGUCCUAACUAAGUGCAAGCAGAGGGAGGAGUGGUUAGACCAGAAAAUUCAGUCCUGCACUGAGGGACUACUGAGAUGAUGCCAUGCACCAAGUUCAUGCAAAAAUAUUAACUGUUGCAAAAACUAGAGAACACAUGUAUAUUCCUUUAGAAUGGAUUGAAGACAUUAUUAACGCAAUAGCAUAUUACUCAAUACUAAGGAAUGCAACUGCGCACAUGCACAGAAAAUGUUUUUAACAUAAAAAGGCUAUAUAUAUAUGAAAUAUAUGAAAAUAUAUAUAUAUAUAUUUACUUAGAAUGCUAUGCACCCUUACUUGUCAAAUGGGAUCCUAGUUAUGUUAUGGAUGUACUUUUAGCAUCAUACAGCUGUAGCUACCAAGAGACUGUUGAGUUCUGGGUAAUGCCUGCAACCUGGGGAUAAAUAGGGGUCUUGUGGGUAUUUUAACCUGUUUUGUUUGCUUUU